GGAUAAAGUGUACUGCAGAACUGUAGGAAAGAAAGAAACACUCGAUGCUUGCUCAGAUCUUUUUCGAAAAAAAAUUGAACUUGUGUUUCCCAUCCAGGUGCAAGGACGUUUAGCAUCUGCGCUAUUACUUCCAGUACAUGUUCAGCGCAGUUCAGCUGUGCAAGUUAUUGUGAAUAAGAUACGGGAUCUUUGUUCUGUCUCCUCUGAAGAUUCUACAACUAUACAAUCCACUUCUCUUGAUCGCAGAAAUUCUUCGGAAAUAAUAAUAAAUGCAGAUAUAGUAUUUAAGGAUCCUAAGUCUGGAGACAAUGUCUGUACACUUCCAUCUGUAGAAUUUGUUAUUAAACGACACAUUACUUCUCUUCUUUGUAAAGAUUCUAUGAUAGAUAAGUUUGAUCACGAUAAGUUCAUUAAAAGAGAACUAAUUAGAGAAGGCGGGUUUGGAUUAAUUUAUAGUGCAGAGUGGGAUGAACGAAGAGAAAAAGUCAUACUCAAAUAUGUCAAGUCAAAUUCGAACAUCAGAAAAUUUAUUGAAGAGGUCAGAAAUUUUAAUAAAGAGAUGCGAAUCCAUCAGAUGGUAUCUGACCAUGACAAUAUUAUCCCAUUUUAUGGUAUGGCGCAAGACCUUAACAAUCAACAAUUUGCAAUGGUAUUACAAUAUGCUGAUGGGGGAGCUUGCGAGAGUAUCUUGAAUACAACAAAGACUUAACAUGGUUUGUUAAGCUUCGUUUCGCACAAGAAAUCACCAAAGGCAUCCUCUGGAUUCACGACAAAAAAAUUAUCCACCGGGAUCUUCAUUCUAAUAACAUAUUAG